AGCAACAAGCAGCAAGCGCUUGUUCGUUUGUUUGUUUGUUCGUCCACGACACACAAACCUUCCCGCUGCUGCUUCUCAGUUCUUCCCUCAGCCUUUCUGCUGUGUACGUGCCUUGUCCUCUCUUCUUGUUGGCGCCCUCGCUCGCUAUUCCUGGCUUGUGGGGUUGACCCCUAGAUUGUCGUUGCCUCCCCGGCCCUCUCACCUCACCUCGGCAACAACGGAUACAAGCGACGCUGCCCUCACCCGCAUCCCUCACAACGCACACACAAACACACACACAAGUCAAACAACCAAGCAACGUGCGGAAGAACAAACGCUGGUGCACAUUGACAAAGACCACAACAACAACAACUACAACUACAACUACAACUACAACUACAACUACAACUACAACUACAACAACUACAACUACAACAACACACACACACACAAACACACAAACACACAAACAAACCAAACAAACCAACAUACACACGAGCCGCCCAUCUCCAGCAUGAGCCAUCCCAAGCCCGUCAUCUCCGCCGCAUCGAAGAAGCGGAUGGAAUCAGACGUCAUGAAGCUGCUCAUGAGCGACCACGAUGUUGCGCUGAUUGACGACUGCAUCAACAAGUUCUACGUCACCUUCAAAGGCCCCUCAGACAGCCCAUAUGAGGGUGGCAACUGGAGGAUCCGAGUGGAAUUGCCGCCAGAGUACCCGUACAAGAGCCCAUCCGUUGGCUUUGUCAACCGCAUCUUCCAUCCCAACAUUGACGAAAUGUCCGGCUCUGUGUGCCUCGAUGUCAUCAACCAGACGUGGAGCCCCAUGUAUGGUGAGUACAACCAUGGCGCAGUGUUCAUGCAACAAAACACAAGGGUGUGGAUGGACGAGUACAAGGAGAUUGUGUACGACACGCGCGGGUUCUACGGAAAAGAUCCUGGCGAUCUGUCUGAGCGUCGCGCCAUUCGCGAGCGCCUCAACUGCCACUCCUUCAAGUGGUUCCUGGAGAACGUUCACCCGGACCUUUGGGUCCCAGACAUUCACCCAAAGUUUUCAGGCAUCAUCAGCGACCCAUCCCCAAUCAGCACUUGGUCGCGCAGAACAACCGGCGGGUCAAAGUUUCCAUGUUUCUGCUGCAGGGUACGCGAAGGGCAGAGCUUGUCGCCGCCGUAG